AUGUUGACAGUUGGCAUACCGUGUCAAAAGUUCACCGAUGCGAACGAACUGAAAACGCUCAGUCGCACGGUGCUUUCCGUUGACGCGCAAAGGAUGCUUGGCGUUCUGGAUGGUGCUAUGAAGAAAAUUUUGGUAAUUUUGGCUCUCCGAAACACAAAGUGUUCCAUCUUUGAAAAUGAAAAACUGAACCAAGACCUUAAAAAGAUCAUAUCCGAUUAUCUCAAGAUUUCUGCAAGAUAUUCCAACGGAAAUAAACCUGAACGAAAAAGCUCACUGAGUACUCCAUCUGAAGGCAACCCCAAUGAACCACAUGAAGAAGUAGUUGAGAACAACAAUAAAGAUACAAAAAGUCAGUCUUCCAAAAUGGAGAAUGCGGAGAACAGCGAUCCCAGCGUCAACCUCACAGUGCAGGAAGUAAAUGAAGUGAAAGAAAAUAUCACUCUGACCGUUCGCCAGCUAUUACGAGUGAUGAAAAGCACGCCGUAUUUUGAUCAAAUCCCAGACACUUGUUUGACAGUGAAACCACGUAGCAGCUCCACAUUACCAGACCUCAAACUACCUUUAUCUGUAUCCAAUUUUCAAGAAGCUUGUUCACAAGCUUACCUAUCGGAAAACCUAUCCCGACCACAGAGCCAUUUAUUGAGAUACUUCCUUGAGCUCCGUGGCACCGUGUUCAGUAAUAUGUUAACCACUCCGGAAGACAGGAAACGACAAAAGAAAUAUGUGAAGGAGAUCUCCAAUCGACUGAACGAACACCAAAUUAAGGUGGACGGUUUAAACAAAGAACUGGAUGCCAUUGUUGCCAAGAAUAAAGCACAAGUUCAAUCCACCGCUCAGAAGGUGUUGGCUUUGCAACAGGAAAUUCAAAAUCUAGGAAACUAUUUGCUCGAUCGUGGACAACGAAUCAAAAAAGACGAAAACGAAAAACUGCAGAUGAUCGAAGAGAAAUAUAAAAUUCACAUGGAAACCAUGCCGAUGGUUUUAGACGAGUAUGCCGAUUUGGAGAAAAAGGUGAACGAACUCAGAGAAGCAUACAACAAACAAGUGGAAGAGAAUAGGAAAGGAGAGAAAAAGGAACGAGCUAAUUUGUUCAAAAUCGAAACGGAACUGGAAGCGAAAAUUUCUGCGUACGAUCAGGAAAUGACGGCGUUAAAAACUCUGGAGGAGGAAUAUAUGCGGAUCAUGGAGGAGCGACGCCUGGAAGAGGAACGCAAACAACGAGAAGAGGAACAACGGAGAGCACUGGAACAAUCGGUAACCACGAUACAAGCCUACUGGCGUUCGUAUAAGACACGGAAAAUGGCUCGAGGAAAACGGGGCGGUAAAGGAAAAAAAUAG